UUACUUUCCCUAUUUACGGAGGAAUUGCUGGUUAUUAAACUGUUCUUGUUUCUAGUGAGGCGAAUGUAUUUAAAUAUGACGUGUUUUAAUUACGAUAUAAUAAGAGUUAAAUCUAAUGAAGAAUCAGUAGAAUGAGUCGAUCAGUCGAAAGAAUUCCAAAACGAUGGAAUAUCUCGGAAAUUCCACAUAGGAAUGAAUCGAGCAGUACCGAAGAAUCUUCAUCACUUACCGACAGCACUCAGUAUUCACCGUAUCUGCAAAAUACUAGCACACCUCUUAAAACUCGAUGGACAAAUUUAGAAGAAAUAAAAACUCGAAGAGGACAAGAAAAAUUUGAAGAUAUCGAAAAAGCGUCCUCCAACAAAAAGAGAUUGGAAAGAUUUCAAAAACAUAGAAAACAUAUUGGUCGAAGAAAACAAGACAACCAUGAAAGAAUUAUUGAAAAGCAAAAGGGAGAACACAAUCGACACGAUAAACGAAGACAUGAAUAUUCUAAGGAUUCUGUGGAAAAGAAAGCAGAGUCUGAUUCAGAGUCCUCGGUUAAAAAUGAUAGUGAAAGUGAUUUAGAAAAAUCGAAAAGAAAAAAACAUGAUUUUACAAGUAAAAGAGAUAAUGAAUUGCCGAUUACGGAAAUUUUAAGAAGAUCGCAAGAAAAUACACAAACUAAAUAUGAAGAGCAAGCAUCACUUCCUGUAUUAAAUACAGAUAAAGUUUAUGUACAGUAUAGAGGUGGUUUUACUACUAUGAAAAUGAAUCCAUCAAAAGAUCAAUCCAUGAGUUCUUCUAAUAUUAAAAAAAUUGAAAAAGACGCUACUAUCGAUAUCAUUGAUAAUCAAAGUUCUUCACGUAUAAAAAUAGCUAUUAAGGUCCAACAAUUUUGGAAAAGAGCAGGUCUUUUAUGCCAAGGUCUUUUAGCUGGUACAGCAUUAAUGCAUUUUAUAACGUUAUGCACAGUUUUUAGUAAUUCCAUAGAAUUUAUUGUAAAAUAUUCAACAUAUUCCGAAAUUUACACAAAUAAUUUCUCAUUUCUUAUCGCUUUAUGCAUUGUGGCAACAUUUGAUAAAUUUGAUUUGGCACGAUUUGAUGUAGAGCAUUUACGUGAGCUUUAUUUCGACUAUAACAAAGCAAUAAUCGCAGUUCCUUUGUAUCUGGUCAUUUUUUCCCUUCAUCAAGUCUGUGCAGAGAUCGACAAUAAAUUAAGUUUAAUCCAUUAUUACAAUUCCAAUGUUUCUACGUUGCAAAACAUCACUAAUAUUCAAUCUCUUUUGGACGAAUUGAAUAACUGGCAAAAGAUAUCCAUCUCGAAAGAUAUACUUGCAAUGUUUGCAUGGUUAUUUGUUGCUCUUGGUACUAGAGACGAUUCAUUUUUAAUAUAUCUACAAUCAAUGAAAAAAUAUGCAAACGAUAUUGAGACUUCUGGACAAUAAAUCAAUUUCUUUGGGACAGAUAUUUAUUAUAUUUAAUUUAUAUUACCAUCAUAUGGAUAACAAAUAAUAAAAUAAGGAUAGAAAUAAAGUAAAAAUAUGGAAAUUAGCGCUAUCUUUAAGAUAUCGUAAAUAAUAAAUAAUAAAUAAUACCAAAUGUGAUAAAAGAAUAGAAAAGAAUAAGAAUUGAUCAUCGACGCCAUCUUUUGAGUAUCAAAAAUAUCUCUUCAAAAGGAGGAUAAGAUAGUAAAAAAAUUGAAAAUCAGUGCCAUCUCUUAAAUAUUUCUAGAAAGAGAUAUUUUUAAUAUUCAAAAAACGACGUUGACGAACAAUUCUUACUCUAUUUCUAUCUUUCCUCUGCUAUUUUCUAUUUUUUCUAUUCCUUGAUUAGUUAGUUUUAUUUGUAGGAUUCUGAAUCUUUUUUUUAUUCUUUUUUUUUUUGCUGUUAUACUCGCGUAUUUGUUGUGCAUUAUGUGCUCCAAAGAAAGCUUCAAUAUCCGAUUAACAAUCGAAUCGGCGUAAUUUUAAACUCAUGAAUAAUUCAAUUGUCUGUCUAUUACGUAGCAAAAAAAUAUUUAUGAAUAUAUCUAUGAAUAUAUUGUAUAAAAAUAUUUAUGAAAAGAUAUGUUAAAGAAAUUAUUUUUAAAAUUUGUGAAGUUUAUCAUUUUUCUGAUAGAAAUGAAUAUAAUUCUUACUCUUCAACAUAUAAAAUAUUUUAAUCGGUAUUUCAGAACAUAGGAUAUGAAAUUUUACUUACAUUAGGUAUAUUCUCGUAUCUCAUCCUAUUUAUUAUAAUAACAAUAAGAAUAAUGUAUUAUUCUUAUAUCUUCUUAUAUAUCUAACGACUAUAAAUAAAGAUUACAAAAUUGCACUUUUUUUUUUGAAAAGGCGUGUUUCUUUUCGAAUAAAUCGAAGUAAAAAGUAUUCCAUCUUUAAUAAGUUAUAUCAGAAAUGUGUAAGAAAAUGCGAUUCAUACGAUUUCAAUAUUUAUUCGUAACAGAAUAAGGUUUGAUAUGUACAAUAUUUAUAAAGUUCUAAAUUCUAACAAAUAGUACACAUAUAUGUAAUACCAAUAAAGGAUAAAAUAACAUUAAAAAUAAAAUAACAUAUGGCGCGAUCGUGUCGUAAUAAUAAAAUAUCUUCUUAGACUUUGUCUUGAGCGCGGCACCAAGUUGAGUCGACGAUUACGUAAAGAAAUUUUCAAGGUUUUCGAAUAAAAUAACAAGAAGAAACAAGAGGAUGCAUUAAAUUAUCGCAUCAAACGGAGAUAACGUUAAAUGCGCCGAAUGCGUUUCCUUAAAACAAAAUAAGGAAAGAGCAUAAGUUGCGCGUAAUCGUCGAUGCAACAAGUGCUCUCGUUGUACGACAAACUUUGCUAUAAAUAAUGUGCGAAGGCUUUUAUUGAUCUGCGAAGCAACAGAUAAAUAUACUAUAUAUAUAUUAUAUCAUUAUUAUAUAAUAUAUAUAUCAUAUACGAAUAAAUACUGUACGUACAUUUACAUCGUUAUCAUCGUUUUCUCUGCACGAAUUUACAAUCGGCGAUAAUUUAAAAUAUUAUCUUCUUAACUUAACGCUAACUUUGUCAAGGCACUGUUUACAGUUCUGUCCGAGGUCUCGAUUCUAUUGGAAACUAUCGUCGUUCCCUUUUUUUGUUUUUUUUGUUUUUAUUUUU